UGGAUGGCACUCAUGGAGCGCCGUAGAAAACAAACUAUCUCCUUGAAACCCACAAUAUCACCGCCAGCCCAGCGGCUAGUCGACUUCCAGCAGAGGGCGCUAUACUAGCUGGAUGGAAGCGCGCACGUGCAAAAACAUGUUGCCGCGCGCCGAAAAUAAGUGAUGCCGUACCAGCAGAACUUUCCCGUCCGGUGUAGUACAGAACAAUGAUGUCAGCCCAACUAGCCCAUUGCCCAAUCUGCAACCGGGAGUUCCCGAUGCAGUCAAUCAACAAACACAUUGACAGUUGUCUCCUUGAAGAACACGGCACAGAAAAUGACCUGAAGUCAGACAGCGAAGCAGAAACUUUCUUGUCACCAUCCAGGAAAAGAGCUCGUCUGUCCUCUGAGGACCGAGAGAAGGGUGAACAAGGAGAGAAUAGGGACUCCAAGAAAUCAGAGGAGGUUGAGAAUGACAAGGAAUCCAAAAAGAGAAAGAAAAUAAACCAGUGGGGCUCUUUACUGCGACCCGGCGGAAAAUCGUCAAAGGCAGACACAGAUGGAUUGACACCGAACAAAAAGAAAACUAAAGUGGCAACGGAGAUACCCAGACAUGAUGACUCUCGGAGAUUGCCCUCAGAUGCCACGACCCCUUCCUUGUCCAGCAGGUCACAUUCCUCUCCGCCACUGAUGAACCCCUCUACGCAAGGGAGCAAACCCUCUCCCCUGGGGCCAUUUGCCAAGAAAUCUGUCUCAACAAAGACGGAAUUCAGGCCUCUAGCGGAGCGUGUUCGCCCCCUGAGCUUCGCUGAGUUUGUCGGGCAGGAGACAGCGGUUGGUCACCAGUCCCUACUCAGACAGCUCCUGGAGAGUGAUGUGGUGCCAUCGUUGAUAUUCUGGGGUCCGCCCGGGUGUGGAAAGACCACUCUGGCCAACAUUAUAGCGCAGAGAGCCAAAGCGAGCGGUAAGACGCGCUUCGUCUCGAUGUCUGCCACGUUAGCGACAGUUGCUACUGUUAAGGAGGCGGUUGCUGCCGCAGCCAAUGAGCAGAGGAUGACUAAACGCAAGACCAUCCUCUUCAUUGAUGAGAUCCAUCGCUUCAAUAAACUGCAGCAGGACACGUUCCUGCCGCACGUCGAGAAGGGCACAAUCACGCUCAUCGGCGCCACCACCGAGAACCCCUCCUUCAAGGUCAACAGCGCCCUCUUGAGUCGAUGCCGUGUGAUCGUCCUGAACAAGCUGAACACCGACGAGCUGGUGCUGAUUCUGCGCAGGGCGGCUGCCGACCUGGGCGUGGCUGUGCUGGAGGAAGGGGCGGGGUCUGAGAUGAAUGGGGUCGGGUGUAGCAGUGAUGGCGAUCAACCUGAAGAUGGGAUAAGCGAUGGCAGACCAUCCAUUUACAUGGAGAAGACAGCGUUGACGUAUAUAGCCAAUCUCUGCGAUGGCGACGCACGGAGCGCCCUCAACACGUUACAGAUGGUUGUGGAAUCGCAGCUGACCGUGGCCCAACAUUCAACAAGCCAAUCGCAAGGGACGUCGCAUCAGGGGACGAACGGGACGUCGUGUCCACCCGUGAAUGGGCCAGGAGUUGCCAAGGGUGCCGAAACGAAGCGAGUCAUUACGACAAGCCAUGUUAAGGAUGUAUUGCAGAGGACCCACGUAAUGUAUGAUCGGGAAGGGGAGGAGCACUACAACUGCAUCUCAGCGCUCCACAAGUCAAUGCGUGGCAGCGACGCAAAUGCUGCCCUCUACUGGCUGGCACGUAUGCUCAUCGGAGGUGAAGACCCACUGUAUAUUGCACGUCGACUCGUUGCAUUCGCCAGUGAAGAUGUGGGUCUGGCUGAUCCACUGGCAUUGAGUCAAGCUGUGUCAACGCACCAGGCAUGUCAUUUCCUUGGUGUUCCGGCUUGUGAGGUGAUUCUGGCUCAGUGCGUCAUCUACCUAUCCAAGGCCCCCAAGUCCAGCAUGGUGGAGUGCGCCCUCAUGAGUGUCAAGAAGCACAUCCAGGAGUACGAGGGCUCGCUGCCUGGCGUGCCCCUUCACCUCCGACCUGGGUCGACCAAGCUGGUGCGGGACCUGGGCUACGGGAAGGGGUACGUGCACAGCGCUGCGGCCGGCGAUCAAGGCUUCCUGCCAGAGUGCAUCAAGCACGUGGACUUCUUUGACAACGCUGAUCUGUUUGUGUAAAGUUCCUCCUUUUUUAACUGUAACUCCAUUUUCGUAAGCUUUCGUAAAUCCUCCAAAACCCGACACUAGGCAGGAAACCAGUGGCACAUUUCUCCGUCUUUAAACGUGC